AUGGCCGAUUCUUCUCAAAAUCAAAAAAAAAUUGAGAAUAUCUUUCAGAAAUUGGAGAAAGAAGAUAUUAGUUACUUUGAAUAUAAUGAAUUUAGCAAACCUAUUCCAAUUAGUAAAGGAGGAUUUGGCAUUGUGUAUAAAGCAGAAACUAAUGAUAAAAAGCCAGUUGCAUUGAAAAGUCUCAUAGAUAAUACUGGUUAUGUUAUGGUAUUGGAAUACGCUAAUGAAGGAAAUUUAAAAGAAUAUUUAGAAAAAAAAUUUGAUUCAUUACAAUGGGAGAAUAAGAUUCAAAUGGCAUUAGAUAUUACAUGUGGAUUAUUAUGUUUACACUUGAGGAACAUAAUUCAUAGAGAUUUGCAUUCAAAAAAUAUAUUAGUGAAUGACGGUAAAUUAUUAAUUGCAGACUUUGGAUUAUCUAAACAAUUAACGGAAGUUACAUCUAAUUCAACAAGUAACAGGAUGGGAAUUAUUGAAUAUGUUGAACCACAAUGUAUAAAGUGUGUAAAUUAUGUAAAAGAUAAAAGGUCUGAUGUUUAUAGCUUAGGUGUUUUAUUAUGGGAGAUUACUAGUGAUCGACCUCCUUUUUGUACGGUAGAACGAGAUAUGUUAGGUUAUCACAUUAGUCAUGAGAAUCUUAGAGAAGAACCAAUUGAAAGUACACCCUUAGAGUAUCAACAACUUUAUCAAAAAUGUUGGGAUGGAGACCCAGAGAAAAGACCCAAAAUCAAUCAAAUAUAUAAAGAAAUUUUAAGUCAAUCCAAUGUCAAUGAUAUUAGCGAACAAUCCGAAGAUUCAUUAGUAAAUAAUGAUAGUUUUGAUAAUUUAAACAUACAAUCAUGCCAAUCAGAUCUAUGCAUAAAAACUGAAUUGGUAUUAUAA